CUGAAACAGACACACAGAACCCGUUUCGUGUUCCUGCUGUGUUAAAGGUUUGAGCUUGGUCAAGAUGAAAAAGGUGGUUUUGGUGACAGGAGCUAACAGCACAUCAGCAUCGAAUCAUCUCACGACCCCCAAGAAGUCUCUCGUGACCCCCCGGGGGGGUCCCGGCCUCCACUUUGGGAAACCCUGCUCUAGAGAAUGGGGUAUUGGCCUGGCGCUGUGCGAGCGUCUCCUCUCGCACGACACAGAGGGUCUCCUUCUCUGCCUGGCCUGCAGAAACAUGCAGCGAGCUCAGGCUGCACGCUCUGACCUCCUCGCCUCUCACCCCGCAGCCCAGGUGGACGUGCUGCAGAUGGACACCAGCAGCGUCUCCUCGGUUCUCAGUGCUGCACAAGAAAUCAAACUCAGGUAUGACCGUCUGGACUACCUCUACCUGAAUGCAGGCAUCAUGCCAAACCCAGAAUUUGACGUAAAAGCCUUUUUUAAAGGCCUCUUCUCCAGCAACGUCAUCACUAUGUUUGCCACCGGGGAGGGGAUUCUGACUCAGAAAGAUGCCGUCACUCCUGAUGGCUUGCAACAGGUUUUUGCCACCAACCUCUUUGGUCACUUCCUUCUUGUUAGGGAACUGGAGCCGCUUCUGUGCCAUGCAGGCCGGACCUCCCUGCUGGUUUGGACCUCCUCUAGUAAUGCUCACCAUUCCGCCUUUAAUCUCGAAGACUUGGAGCACCGGACAGGCACUCAGCCUUACAGCUCCUCAAAAUACGCCACAGACCUGCUCAGCCUGGCUCUCAAUCAACACUACAACAAACAGGGAUUGUACUCAUCUGUCAUCUGUCCUGGUUUUGUGAUGACAAAUCUGACCUACGGCAUCCUCCCAUCGUUCCCAGCCUUUCUGUGGACCCUGCUCAUGCCUGUCUUCUGGCUGAUCAGAGUGUUCACCAACACGUUUACUCUCACGCCUUACAACGGAGCUGAAGCUCUGUUUUGGCUGUUUAGGCAAAAGCCCGAGUCUCUGGACCCUUAUGCUAAAUACCACAGCUUAACGUCAGGGCUGGGAAACAGCUACACCCGACCACAUAAGAUGAACAUUGCUUUGGAAACAUCAGAGACAUUACACGUGAAAUUACUUCAACUUGAACGUGAAAUGAGGACAAAACUGUGUCAGAGAGAAAAGGAAACACAAACUGCAGACCGUUUACAGAAGACCUGAAGGACCUAAAUGAUGCCCAUUCAUUUCAAGAAAGAGGAUACCAUUUUUCAUCGGCACUUUGCAGGAGAGUUCAUACCCGUUGACCUAUUCUGUAUUUUCUCCUGCAACCCCAAACUUUAAUAUAUAUUUUAUUGGGAUUUUUUGCGUUAGACCAACACAAAGUGCUAGAUAAUUGUGAAAUGGAGGGAAGGGGAUCCAUGGUUAUCUGAAAAAUAAACUAAAUAUAAGCA